GGCUUCGAAAGGAGAACGAAGACCUGAAACGUAAGUUAAGCGAGACGAUAUGCCCCGGUGGGGAGGACAGAGUUAUGUAUUUGCAGAAUGAGAUAAUGGAGCUGCGAAGAAGAGUUGGCGAGAAACAUGUGAAUGAUGACGAGAUGACGGCUUUAAAGGCAGAGAUCGGGGAACUGAAACAAUCAGAGUAUAUGAAGACAAAUUUUGAACAAGAGAUUUCGGGACUACGCAAGGAAGUAUGUAUGCUUCGCGACCAGAACGAACGCAUGAUGUCAGAAGCGGGGCAAUGGAAGGAGCAAGCGUUACGCCCGGGUAACAAGUGGGGCAGCGUUGUGUUGCAGACACCUACUUGUCCUGAUCGAAGUUCGCCUAAACCAAGAUGGACGGACAACGUGAGGGAAGAAGAUAAAUGGAAGGUGGAGUAUCGUAAUCUCCAAAGCUUGCAUCGAUUGGCUAAUAUCGAGGCUGAGGCGCUAAAACAAAAACGUGCUGAGGCGGAAGCUUGCAGGGUAAAAGUUGAAGAACAGGUGAAGUCUCUGGAGGAGAAGAUGAGUCAGUUGAUGGCGAGCGGGGAGAAAGGCAAAGAGAAGAGUAUUGGAGGAACAAACCUCAAAGAUCGUCUUGAGGAUGCGGCUGUUCGAUCUGCUCGGAAAGGAUGGAAAGUUACCCCUGGGGGAACAGGGUGCAAGACGAGUACAACGUCCAUGCGAUCAGAGAAGGAACUAAACCAGCAACAGUCGGCUGCGACGGCUAACAAUCGUGCAGAAUUUGUUGAGGAACAGAAGCGGCAACUGCGCAUGCUUCGAAAGGCGGGGUUGGAACCCCUAUAUAAGGAGGAAGGCGUAAAGUUGGGCAAGUUUGAGGAUACUGUUUGUGACCUUGCCGAGGCCCACGCUAAGAAAGCUUUUGGUGAGCUGUCGGACCCUUCUUCUAGACAAGACAAGGAAGUUCAGGAAUUUAGCGACGACGCCUCUAAAAAUUCGGGCGAUACCAAGGAGGAAGUGGAGAGAUCCGUCGAACUAUAGGAACCUUUCCCGGACGCGUCUUCAUUAUGGUUCUCGGCGGAUGAUGUCGAACUAAAAGGUGUGCUUACUUGUUGUCGUCUUGUCGCACGGUUUCACAUUC